AUGGACGAUCCGUCGAAGCACUGCAUCGCGGAGGGGGUUGCGUGCAGGUUCGACAAUGGCCGCUGGGUGAGAUGCGAAAAGGACGAUCCGUUGACGGAGGCGAAGGAUGACAUUGUUUUGAAGCAACUCCUCCCGGCAGCGAUUAAGCUGCACGCCGAGCGUCUGUCCGUGGUGCCUGUGGAGGGCCCCAUCCGUAUGCUGUAUGAUGUUAUAGGGGCGUGCAGCAGUCUUACCAUCCCUUCCCGGCACCGCACGACCGGCGUAAGCGGCGCCGACCUGAUUCUCUACGUCAACACUCUCCCGACUGAGGGCCCCAUCCGUAUGGACGUCUUUGUGCGUCACUCUGAAGGACGGACGCCCAUACGCUGGUGCCGUGAACUUCGAUCCCCGGCACAUAAGGGCCGCUCAUGA